UCUACAGCUCGCCCAAGCCCGGCUACUAGGGUCUCUCACUGCACGUCCGGAGCGGGCUGGAGCGUUGGGGUCACGCGCUCUCGCUCGCCUCGCCCCCCGACUCGGCGCAGGCGCGAAGCAACGAUGCUGCUGCUGCUGGAGAAGCCCCCAGCUGAUCAGAUCCUGAAGUUCCUUCAUCAGGUAGUAGAUGGUAUAUGUGGCCGUGCAUAUUCUCGAUAUCAAGAUUAUGGCAAUGUUUGGAAUUUGACAGAAUGGAUGGAGGUUUUAGAAGAAUCAACAUCAUACUUCAAAACUACAGUUGGAAAAAAUCUGUCAGAAGAAGAGGCUGUUCAGCAGUUGAAUGAAUUGAGCUCAAGCUAUCAGGAAGCAAUCAUGAAAUGCUUGAAAGGCAGAAAGGAAGAAAUCAGGCAUGCACUGAUAGAAAGCGUAAAUGCAAUCUCCUCUGCUCAGCUACAGGAUUUUGACUGGCAGUUAAAGCUUGCUCUCUCCAGUGAUAAGAUCUCCAUGUUGCAAAUGCCACUUCUUAACCUUGAUCUGGAUGUGAAAGAAAAUGGUGAAAUUAAGCCAGUCUCUAUAGAAAUGAAUAAGGAGGAACUGCAGAACCUAAUAAAUGCACUGGAAGUAGCUAAUAAGGUCAUUUUGCAACUGAAAUGAGAAGAUUUUGAUUAUCAGUGACACUUGUUGGUGAUGGUUCCAUGAAAGACUGCAAAGAGAAUGGAGAUGUACUCUAUAAAGUGGAAGAGUAAUGAUGCUCUUAAGUACUGAGUUAAGCAACACUGAUGCAGACUAGAAGAUCUAUCACCAACUUGGGUGGGGGAAGAAAACCUGCUGUCCACUAGACUGCAAACACAGUUGCCUUAUAGAAAAUGCUGAUGGUUGUAUAAGCCUAUGAAAGACUGCAGCAGCAUUAUGGAAAAGUUAAGUGCUACUUUUGGAGAAGAGAUUUUGAAGAUGUACAUAAAAUUGUUUUUCUUCAGAAUAAGAAAUCUUGCCUCUACAAUAACUUAUUUCAUCGUCGUAUGAGUUGUCGUCCUGGGAAGGAUAAGCAUAUCAGUGUCCCAUAACAUAAAUAUUUGAUACUUUUGAUUAGCAAAGUAAUAAACAGUCGAUGCUUUACGUGGUUAAUGGCUUUGAAACAUUGUGGUUUUUACUCAUGAAAUCUUAUAUCCAAAUCUAUAAGUCUUUAAGGCGCCACGGGAUUCCUUGUUGUUUUCUUAGAGACCAACAUGGCUACCCCGUGAGACAUAAAAAUCGUUAAACAUUCA